UCUAGUCAGCUCUUCGAAAACGUUUGGUAGAGUUUUAGCUUCUAGCAGCAAUAUCACAGUUUCUUGGAAGAACUACUUGGUGUUAUCGUGCGGCAAUCGAGGCGAUUAAAUCCUUGGAGGCAUUGACUCAGACCAAUAUGGAGAACACAACACAACACCCAUAUCGCGACUCGCCGCCAUCCUCGCCUAACCCAUCCACCACCAAGCCUCUCUUACAACAACCACAACAAGAAUCAUAUCGCGACCACCCAACAGCAUCAUACUCACAUCUACCCUCCCAACACCCACCAACACCACCCUACUACGACAGCCCGCCACAACCAUCCACCCCCACAACACCACACGCCAACACCCACCACGACCCCCCACCGCACUACACAGACGACGACGUCCCGCUAGCCCUACUCUUCUAUCCCUACGAAGCACCACCCUCCUACGCCGUCGCCGUACGCACACCCUGCUACCGUGACACGUUAAUCCAGUACAUACCCAGUCGGCGCGUGGACGCGGAUGAGGAAGAGGCAGGGGAACCCGACGACGUGCGGUACGUGGAGCGCGUGUUUGCCAUGUUCAUCGUUGUGGUGCUGCUGCUGGUUGUUGGGGGUGUGUUGGUGUGGCUCGCGGUGGGGAGUGGUGUGAUUUGAGGGUGGGGUGGUUCUUUCUUUCUUGAAUACCAUGGAAUUGCUUUAGCGUUAUGAAUGGUUGCGUACUGUUUCUUUACUGGGUUUGGGGUGGGCGGUGUGCAUGGCA